GUUGGAGGGCGGGCGGGCGGGAGGCGGGAGGCUAGCAGAGGGAGAGAGGGCGAGAGGAAGAGGGCGGGAGCGAGCGCACCAGAGAGAAAGGAGAGGAGGGAGGAGGCGCGCCGCGCCAUGGUGUCCUGCGCGGGGCCAGGGCCAGGGCCCGGGCCGGGCCAGGCCGGGCCAUGAGCCGCGCCGGGAGCUGGGACAUGGACGGGCUGCGGGCGGAUAGCGGGGCCGCCGGGGCCGCCCCGGCUUCCUCUUCUUCGUCGUCGGUGGCGGCGGCGGCGGCCGCGGCGGCCCAAGGCCAGUGCCGCGGCUUCCUCUCCGCGCCGGUGUUCGCCGGGACACAUUCAGGGCGGGCGGCGGCGGCGGCAGCGGCGGCGGCGGCGGCCGCAGCGGCUGCCUCAGGCUUCGCAUACCCGGGGACCUCUGAGCGCACAGGCUCCGCCUCGUCGUCGUCAUCUUCGGCUGUGGUCGCGGCGCGCCCAGAGGCUCCCCCCACCAAAGAGUGCCCAGCACCCGCUCCCGCUGCGGCCGCUGCAGCGCCCCCGGGCGCUCCAGCGCUGGGCUAUGGCUACCACUUCGGCAACGGCUACUAUAGCUGCCGUAUGUCGCACGGCGUGGGCUUACAACAGAAUGCGCUCAAGUCAUCGCCGCAUGCCUCGCUGGGAGGCUUCCCCGUGGAGAAGUACAUGGACGUGUCUGGCCUGGCGAGCAGCAGCGUACCAGCCAACGAGGUGCCCGCGCGAGCCAAAGAAGUGUCCUUCUACCAGGGCUACACGAGCCCCUACCAGCACGUGCCGGGCUAUAUUGACAUGGUGUCCACCUUUGGCUCCGGGGAGCCUCGACACGAGGCGUACAUCUCUAUGGAGGGCUACCAGUCCUGGACGCUGGCUAACGGGUGGAACAGCCAAGUGUACUGCGCCAAGGACCAGCCACAGGGCUCCCACUUUUGGAAAUCGUCCUUUCCAGGGGAUGUGGCUCUAAAUCAGCCAGACAUGUGUGUCUACCGACGGGGAAGGAAGAAGAGGGUGCCCUACACCAAACUGCAGCUCAAAGAACUGGAGAAUGAGUAUGCCAUUAACAAGUUCAUUAACAAGGACAAGCGGCGGCGUAUCUCGGCUGCCACGAACCUAUCUGAGAGACAAGUGACCAUUUGGUUUCAGAACAGAAGAGUGAAGGAUAAGAAAAUCGUCUCCAAGCUCAAAGAUACAGUCUCCUGAUGUGGGCCAGGUUGGCCACAGACUGUUUAGAUGCCUUCAAUUGUCUCCAAAAGACCUUUGGAAAGACUUGAAUAUGUAUUUAAUUCCCCCUAUCCCAUGCCAAUGAUGGCAAAUUUUGUGAAUUGUUUUCUUCUCUUCCCUUAUCUGUCUCUGAAACCUUUUGCUGCCCAACCUGAUGUAGUUCUGAUUUUUACUUGUUUAUUAUUGGUUUUGUUCUUGUCUAGGUUUAUUUUUUAUGGUGUUUUUAAUGUUCUGUUUCUCCCUCCAGGCCAGUAUAAAGGACUUGAAGUAUUUUUGAAUAAUCCCCCCAAAUGAUUUUCAGAAGUGCCAUUCUGAUUUAACGGUUUUAUUUUUGAAAAUCACUUUAUGUAUCUGUUCCCAGCACUGAUUAUCUUCAUAAUCCAUUAGGGCAGAACGAUUUGCAGUCAUUCAUAUCCUGUAAUUAGGUAAUUGAAUCAUUAGCUCACAGCAGUUGCCCUGAGGCAAGUGGAAACAGCUCUAGGCAGGCAGUGCUCUGGGGUCACCGGGAAAGUCUGAAAACAGGAGGGUGAAGGUGCUGCGAUGGCUUUAAAAGCAGCUACCUUAUUAACUAGGUUUUGCAUUGACAUUAGAAUGAAGACAAUCUUUCCAACUUUCAGUCUUUCAUUUGCUGUUUUAAUUGUAUAUUUUUAGCACACCUUGUAGGUUUGUGUUUUUAUAAUCUUUAAUUUGAAAAUAAUGUGUCCUCAUGGAUGCCUUCAUUUCUUGAACUCUACAUGCAGGUUUUUUAAUGAUUGCAAUUGAUAGAGUGACCUAUGGAUGGUAUAAAUGCACCUCUUUCUUUGGCCUUGGGUAUAUGGAACUGGGAUUGAGGCCAUCUCAAUCCUCAGAGGCUGAAUUAAUGUGGCCAUGAGUGAGAACUUAUGUCCACAACUCUAUGAAGAAGUUGACUGACCAAAUGCAUUGGACCUCUUGUGGAGCUUUAAACAUCCAACAAAUACAAGAAAUGUGGAGCUAUAAGGUCCAAGAAGAAAAAAAGAUGUUUCUGAAAAUGAUGAUAACUAACUACUUUUAAAGUGCUGCAUAUUUAUACAAUUGAGAAAUUAUUUUUGUAGUUGCAAUGUCUGUGAGCUGGGAUAUGUGGGCAGUGCUUUAGGCAUUUAAAAAUCACUUUUUUACUCCUAGGGAGAUGCAAAUAAACAGAACUUUCUUAUUUCCUCUGA